GUUGACAACAGGUACGGCCCGAGCGAAACCAACUGUAGUCUUCUGGCAGUCUAGCGACCUCGCCCUGUUUCCUAGGGAAUAUGCAUCUUCUAUUGCAGCGGUGAUUAGUGUAUUAUUCGGUAGCUCCACAAGGUCUCCCUCGCUAUUAUCGAAUCUAAGUCCGUCCAUGACCGCGCACGAUACAGAUGCCGGACCAUCAAAUUCUGCUUUGCCCAUUGAAUCCCAAGAUACAAGCUCCGACUCAAGCCCAGGCGCCAAAGCUGGCAUUGGAGUUGGGGUGGGUAUCUUCGUUAUACUUGGCGUCGUACUCUUCUUAUUCUCACGGCGAAGGCGGAAACAACAACGACAACGGAAGCAAGAUGCACAGCAACCAGAGCAGGAGCCCUCGGGCGAGAUCGGGGUAUCGGAGAUGGAUGGUGAUGCGAAAGGCUCGAAACGCUUUGUAGGUGGCCAUUGGAGGGCUGAGACGGAAGCACCGUCGGCUCCAGUUGAGGCUGGGUCGACGAGUGUGCAUAUCAUACCCGGCCCACCAGUGGAACUAGACGGUACGCAUACGUGA